AUGGCCAAACGUAGUGCGGCCAGCAAGUUUCCCAUCGCACGCAUCAAACGCAUUAUGCAGGCUGACGAAGAUGUCGGCAAAGUCGCUCAGGCGACACCCGUUGUGAUCUCGAAAGCGCUCGAGCUCUUUAUGCAAGAUAUUGUGGAAAGUGCAGCGGAGCAGACGCGAAAGACUGGUGGAAAACGCGUCGCUCCUUACCACUUAAAACGCGCUGCCCUCACGACAGAAACGUUUGACUUUUUGAAGGACAUUGUAGAGAAGGUGCCUGAUCCUCUGGAAGCGGGUCAUUCACGUGGCACGAAGCGGCGCAAAGUCGCGAAAUCGCCGUCUGAUGAAGAUGACGCUGCUGCCACUGAGGCAGACCAUGACGAUGGUACCGCGGAUCCAUCUGGUGCAGAAGCCAAUGGUGAAGAUGCGGAUAGAGACGAAAAUGGUGCAGAAGAUGAGCAUGACGCAAAACCUGAGCGCGUAUAG